CAGGCAGAUAACAUUGCAGUUGAGUGUCACAUCAGAAUUAGUUUUCCAGAGGAAAGUUUGCAAGACAUACUGAACUGAAAAUUACAGACAAAUUUCCUGUUUUACAGACGUAGUGAAGAUGAAGCAAAUGUGCUGAAUGGUUUUGAGUUAAAAGAGAAAAUGGCCAGUGAAGAGACAAGGAUGAAAUCAAAACACCUAUCAGCAAUCAUUCUUCUUCUUACAUGCAUUGUGGAAACGCAUAAUUUCCCAGAUCCAGGCAUAACUUUACAGUUUAGCCACAUAGAUGAGGCACACCACCACGUGAUAAAACGAAGUGCAGGUACUCCUGCUUUCGACCCCUGCUAUAACUACACUGUGCUGGAUAAUGCUUGGAGAGCCACAAACAAUAGAUUCUCUUCCCAACCAAUGUGUGAUGUUAAUGUCAGCUGGGUUGGAUGGUAUCGUCUCUUCCUCAAUAACCAAAGUGCUCAGAUGCCAGAUAUAUGUGUUCCAGACCAAAGUUGUGGUACUCAUGUCCCUCUGUGGCUAAAUGGUCAACAUCCAACAAUUGAAGAUGGGGUGGUCACCCGACCUGUCUGUGGUAACUGGAUGAAUGAUUGCUGCCAUUUUAAAACCCCUUCCAUUCAAGUGAAAGCAUGCCCAGGAAAUUAUUAUGUCUAUGAGUUCAAAGACCCAAUUUUGGUAUGCAAUGCAUCAUAUUGUGCUGAUAUUAAUGAAUGUCUCUCAUCUUCGGUGUGCGGGUCACAUGCUCACUGUUACAAAUACCUUGGAAACUGCACUUGUUUGGGUGGAUAUAAUGUCACAAAGAUGAAUGAAUCUGUCAGUAACAGUAACCCAUGUACUGAAAUUCUUCUCGGCACAUGUCAUCCACUUUUCAGGCUCAUCGAGUUCCAUGUGUUACAUUACGACUCCGCCCAUUAA